AUGGCUCUGCCACGAUCGCAUCAAACGGCAUUUACACCGCGCGAAAUCGAGUUUUUGGCAGGAAAUGAAAGUAUCGCCAUUAUCCCGAAAUACAAAUUACCACGUCUGGAUCUUAUCCAGGUAAGCAUGACCAGAACGGCUCAUCCUGUAGGACCUUUUCGACCACCUGUUCGUACUGUGGUACCCUUGUGGCUAGCCCUAUUAAUGAAGAAGAAUCAAAAGUGCAGCAUUGUCCCACCGGACUGGCUCACGGUCGAAUCACUGACAAAGCGUCUGGAGGAGGAAGAAAACCAUCCCGAAUUCAGCGCGCUUCCAUUCCACUAUAUGGAAAUGUCGCAAAUGAUACUAGAAUGUGCUUCGGAUGACCUGCCCAACGCGUCAGAAGUACGACGAUUGCUGAAAGAUUUGCGAGAAACGCGACAGUUUAAAGCAAGAAAAGGUCUUGGAGAACUCGAUGAUAAAUGGCUGGGUAUGAAUAAUUUAUCACUGAUGGAAAUCAACGAAAUCAGGCCCUUCUUUACACGCGCCUUUAACGAAAUGAGGAAACUACAGACCAAUGAUGACCAAUCAUCGUAUAGUUUACCAUGA